AUGAAUAGUAGCAACAAUAAUUUAACUUCCAAUUUUGAUGGAACACGGCACAAUGCUUGUUUAGAAUAUGAAUUGCCUAAUUUAUUUGUUGCAAUCUUUGGAUUUUUCACAAUUAUAUUUGGCAGUGCAGGAAGUAUAUUGACAUACACUUAUUUAUUCAUGUUUCGUAGAAGUUCUAAAACGGUGAGUGUAACCACUACAACAACUAGAACUGAAAGAACAAGUAAUAACAGUUGUUCGAGUGCAGGAGGUAGUGAUAUUCAACCAAAACAAAGUAAUCUACGUGAAUCAACUCAACUAUUAAUGGCUUGUUUAGCAUUAGUAGAUUUUCUUGGUCAAAAUAUCAGUUGUCUACGUUAUACAAUUCUUGCUUUAAAACAAUAUGAUAUAAGAUUAUUUUAUACAGAUAUAUUUUGUCGAUUACAAUUAUUUGCUGAAUACUGUUGUCAAGAUAGUUCAGCAUGGUUUAUGUGUGCAAUGACUGGUGAAAGAUUUUGGUUAUUAGCAAAACCAACAUCCUCUUAUGGUAUGAAUAAAAAACAAAUUAAACCAGCAGUAUUGGUAUUAACAAUAUGUACUUUAGUUAUAAUUGGUAAAAAUUCAGUUCUACUUGCAGGUAGUCAAGAUGUUUGUAGUGAAGGUUAUACAGACAAAACAUUUUUCCUUGUUGAUUUAAUCUUUAAGUGUCUUAUCCCAUUCAUUCUAUUAAUGACUACGAGUAUUGGAAACUUAGUAUUAAUGCAUCGUCAAUUAGUAAAAAUGCAUUCUGAACACAUGACAAUUAAUAAAGGAUUAUCUAUUGUAACAAUGAGUCGUAAAGAUAAAAAGAAAUUGCCACCGACAACAGCAGCUAUGUGGGAAGUGAUAUUUGCAUGUCGUAUGAUGAUUGUAUCAAGUAUUGUAUACAUUAUUGGUGCAUUACCAAUUAAUUUAUUUAAAUUAUCAAUGUCGAAUUUUAAAAAUGUACUUACAGCACGUGAUAUUUGUUCAGUUACAGAUAUUAUUUAUAAUACUAUUAAUAUCAUGUUUUGGACAUGUGUAGGAUUACGAUUUUAUUUGUAUAUAUUUAGUUCACCAAGGGUACGUCGUGAUAUGUUUUUAAUAUGUCGAAUGAUUUUAGUGAAAUUACAUUGUUUAUCACCAAUAAGAAGAAAAUCGAAAAGAAAUGAAACAUCACAAAGUAAAUCAGGAAUAACUGAAGUGAGUAGAAGUCAAACAACUGGAAAAACAUAA